GCAAAAAAGGAGAGCCCAUCAUCGCAGUCGCAUCAGAGUCAUAGGUUCCGAUUAAUGAAGAUUCGUAAUUCUUUUCGCGAGACACUAGAGAUUUUUUUUGUGCUGCUCCCGCUAAUUGUGUGAUUAAUUUGUCCGCAGCCAGUGCGCUAAAGUGAAAUCAAUUCCGGGAAAAACUGUGGUCAUCCCUGUUUGUCUGUGGCCGCGGAAUUGGCAUUCGAUUUUGGAUAAGGCAAAAUUGGUGAGAUCCGUCCCUGCCAGAUAUAGCCAAGUGCUCCGAACGAAAUCGGAAGGACGACCGCUUCUACAAUUACGGAAUAAUCAAAACACUAGGACUAAACCCUAGCUAGAGGAAUAACAAAGAGGAAAGCAAAUCGCGUAAACGAUGGCCAAGAAAACGUACGAUCUGCUGUUCAAGCUGCUGCUGAUCGGAGAUUCCGGCGUAGGAAAAACCUGCAUUCUGUUCCGCUUCUCCGACGAUGCGUUUACCUCCACCUUCAUCUCGACCAUCGGCAUCGACUUCAAGAUCAAAACGAUCGAGCUGCGCGGCAAGAAGAUCAAGCUGCAGAUCUGGGACACGGCCGGGCAGGAACGGUUCCACACCAUCACCACCUCCUACUAUCGGGGCGCGAUGGGCAUCAUGCUGGUGUACGACAUCACCAACGAGAAGAGCUUCGACAAUAUCGUCAAGUGGCUGCGGAACAUCGACGAGCACGCCAACGAAGACGUCGAGAAGAUGAUCCUGGGCAACAAGUGUGACAUGACCGACAAACGCGUCGUCAGUAAAGAGCGUGGCGAAAGUAUUGCCCGGGAGCACGACAUCCGCUUCAUGGAAACAUCGGCCAAGGCGAACGUGAAUAUCGAGAAGGCCUUCCGGGAGCUGGCCGAGGCCAUCCUGGACAAGACGGCCGGCAAGGAAACCACCGACAAUCCGGACCGGGUGACGGUCAAUCGCAGCACCGGCGACAAACCGCCGGCGUACAAGGCGUGCUGUGCGUAGGUCUACCGCGCCGUAGAUAGAUAGUAUCAUCAACUACAACAAGAGGGUAUGUGUGCUGCGUUUGUAUGUGUACAACUCACGUAUAUAUAUAUAUAUACAUAUUAACUAUAAAUAAUAGGGUACCUAAGUGUGAUUGCUAACUCUAUGCGCUGUUUAGGGAAAUUAGAGGGUAUUCGGUUGCAUGUUUUUUUUGCCGAAGAACCACGAAGUUUUCUGGAUUUUUUUUUUCGUUCCUCGCCAGUUAUUCAACUGUGGUCAGAGGAAAAAAUCGGUUAAAGUCAAACAAUCACAUUUUCUACUCUUUGUUGUAAAGAUAAAAAAAAACAAAUAAUUUGAAGAGAAAACUUUACAAAAUAAACCGACAAAAGCACGCUUCGCAAUAGGUGUUUAGAAUGUAUGUUCACAGUACUUUUUUCGACUAUUCUAUUACUAAAAUGAAAUGUUGUCCCCACCCGAGAAGGUUCUGAGAGCAGUUUUACUGUUUACGGUCGAUUCAAAGGUUUAUAUUAAUGUGUAAAUUAGACAAGCAACUGUCUCUAUCAUUUCGACUCUGUAUAUCAGAAACACAAUAUGGAAGUUAAACAGGCAUAUUAUAUAUGUGAACUUACAAACCCUGUUUCGUGAAAUAUAAAUAUUUUUAUACCAUAUCAUAAAUUCACACACUCGGUAGAGCUACUCAAUUUUUCAUAUUAAAAUGCUUCUUAUUGUGUUUUAAGGAUAUACUUACUUACCAUAAUCAAAAAUAGAAAGUAAACAUGUUCAGUUGAGCUAAGUUUAACGACUUAUCGGAAAAGGAAAAAAAAAAACAAUAUUGUUACUGCAUGUUUUAGAAUAUAACUAGAAGAGAGGGAAAACAGAUAUUUUCUCCCAUUGUCAUACUUAUAGCAAAGCGUCUCCAUCACUGCACAUCUUACAAAAAAGGCGAAUUAAAAAAACUACAUUAAAAAAUAUAGCAAAAAAAAAACUAACGCGAAACAUUGUGUUGCUUCUGAUUGCUGUAGUCGUUGUCAAACUUCGUACCUACCUAGUUUACCUUUCCACCUUUUGUAUACUAAAUCUGAACAUAACGCAAUCACUCUCCCCCAAACUUUUCUUUCAAUACUGUUGUGUAGAUACGAAUAAGAAAUGUGACAUUAACUAGGACAAAAUUCCAAGAGAAAAAAAAAACAUAAAAGCACAUACCUACACAGUUAUGCAAGGCGUUCGAUUGGGUUGGUUUUUUGUACCCCAAAAGAAAUUUCAUCCCUUGCUGUUGUAAGCAGGAGAAACACAGAAGAACCAUAUAUUGAAAGAGCCAGUAUACCUCAUACGAUGAUCGAAUUUUGAGAAUGUCAGAUUUUUGCCGCCGUGAGCAUCCUUGAAUGAUUUCUUUCGAUUUUACCUAGCGUAACUUGAAGCCUUGGUUUGAAUUUUUUUCCUUAGAAUUUCAAGGAAUCAUUUUUAAGGCUCGCUUCAUUACCUUUUCAUGGUUUAAGAGUCUUUUUGAGUCAUGUUUUUAUCAUGAGUCAGACUCGUGAAGUCUUCGUUCAUUUUAAACAGUAGUUUUAUCAUGGGUCAGACUCGUGAGAUUUUCGCUGAAACGACUAAUCCGUUACCACAAGUCAGACUCGUGGCGGAAGUCCAGAAGGGUUUUACUAAAUCGUAAUGAAGGGAUGGAUGCUCACAUUUAUGUGCUUUUCCAACAAAUUAUCAAUAGUAUUGAAGGUAUUUGGCACAUGUUUUAUCUUCAAUUUAGGCUUCACCUAUCGUAUAGAGAUUAGAUGUAUACUGACUACAAUAGAAAUCCAAUCCACCUCAAACAGUAAUGGUAAACCGUAAAAAGGGGGAGAUCACUCUUCGCCAACACGUAUGAACAAUGUGAGACAGAUUUCAAGCACCAGAACAAAAUUGCCAAACAAAAACUGGCGCAAAACCCAUCAAGAGCAAUCACUUGGCAUAAGCUAGGCGUAAAACAAUAAAAAAGAGAAAAAAAAAACCAAACUGCAUUACGAAAACGCGAACUUCCCGCUGCAACUCGCUGUCAUCAUCAAUACAUAAAUAACAAUUUCAUCAAAUCAAACAACCAAAAAAGUAAAACAUGCAGAUCAUUGAGCAUGUGAGAAAGAAGUAUGUCGUUUAGAGAAAUUUCUUAAGUAGAAAUGUGUUUUAGUCAAAAAUUAGAGCGCGAGAAACCCAGUUGAAGAAACGAAGCAAAAAAACUUACCUAACUAAUUUUAAAAUUGGAUACGCAUAACAACCAAAUUCAUUGAGAAAUAAAAAUCUAUAAUAGACAUUAGCAUGAAAGAAAGCAAACAGGAAAAGAAAAAAAUCGUUUUGUUCGGGUAUAAUUCGGACAAACCAAUAGAGACAGAGAGCGCGUUUAGAGGAUUAGAAACAUUGAAAUUAUAGAAACCUGUUUAGUCGUUUAUAUCUCUAUCUACUUUUAUAUAGUUUUUUCAUUAUUUUCCAAAACAAGAAAAAAAUGGAACAAAACACGCAACAGUAAAAGCAAGCAAGUAACUAAAUAUGUGUAGUUUAUAUAGUUUAGGAACGUGAAUAUAUAAAUAAAAAAUAGCUUUUCUAAUCAGUUAUCAAAAACAAAUUCUUUAUUGAAAUUUACUCCUAUGUUAUUUUGGUUUAACAAUUUCUAUUAGUGGCGUAAGAGGCAAGAUGUGCUUUUAAAAACUGAACAGUGACAUAACUGUUGGAAGAAAAAAAAACGAAAACUGAAAUACCUCCACGGUAUUGAAAAGCUCCCGCCAGUGAAAACCUUAAAUUGGAUGGAAGCUUAGUCAGAAUAAAAAAAAACUUCAAACAAGUUAAAAAUAAAUUAAAGAAAAAAACAAAAUCGAAUAUAAAAAUCUAAUGAAAUUUCAUUGCAAUCCCUUAAGAAAAAUCUUUAAAUAAAACAAAACAACCAAACAUCAUCGAGGGAGCAGAAAAAAAAACUCGCACACACCCACAACUGUGUGGUUCCACCAAAAAUUUACCCAGGCGGUUGAGAUGGUCGGAGCAAGAACCGCAUUUUUCUUCUUUUUUUUCAAUUUUGCCGGACAGAACAAUUUAGAGAAAAAAAAAUUAACCUACAAAAACAUUCGAGACCAGAAUAUGGAUCUAUAGAAUGAUCUAUAGAAAUGGAUUGCGAGAUAUGGUAGCAGAUGGAAAAAAAAACCUUAGCUGGGCUAUUGCGCGGAUAAUGAUGAGAACGAAACAUUUGUUGAGAAUAAAAUAAUGCAAAUAUUGAAACAAAACAAA